CAUGGCGAACGCGGAGCCGGGUGCAGGUAUACCUGUUACUUCGUUGUAUUCGUGUCACCGAACCCGUUCCACACGGCUACAAGCAACAACGGAAGCGCUGUUUGAGCAGCUCGACAACGGCAACCUAUCCGACGUAGACGGGGAAUUCGAUGAAUCAGACGACGAGAGAGUGUUGCCUUGUGCUCCUGAUGAAGAUCCAGUGGAGAGCGACACUGACAGCUCCGAUGACGAGAGUGCACUGAACACAUCUGGUGGCUGGAGACGAAAAUUAUUCAAGGCGCCAGACUUUUUUUUGACAACUACUUUACGUCCCUGCCACUGCUCCGUGUAAUGCUGGGUAAAAAAAUAUUUGCUGCCGGCACUAUAAGAUCGGACAGGUGUGAAAAGUGCCCCUUGAAGACUGAAAAAGAACUGAAAAAAAGCGGCCGCGGUUCUUGAGACUGCGUGGUCAGCGCUGAUAGAAAUAUAGCGAUAACAAGGUGGAUGGAUAGCAGGACUGUGACCCUUGCGUCCAACUUUAUUGCUAUUGAGGACGAAGAUAGCGUUCGUCAUUAGAACAAAGCGGAAAAGUGUUACGUGGACGUGAAGGGACCAGCAGUCAUCAAUGCAUACAACCACAGCAUGGGUGGUGUCGAUAAACUAGACUUCCAGAUUUCCCUUUAUCGGACUACCAUUCGCUCCCGAAAGUGGACGUUGAGAAUGACGUUUCAUAUUAUGAACCUCGCGGUGGUGAACGCUCGGCUUGAGUACAGACGUGAUGCAGACAAACAGAACCGCCCUAAGCAGCUUGACCUGCUCGACUUCACUCAGAGUCAUUGAGGGCCUGUCAGCAGCUGGGUCGAAGCCAGUGGCACCUAAGAGGGGAAGGCCUUCACUGUCACCAUUGCAGGUUUCAAAACACCCGAGGAUGGCAGAAAACAGACCUAUCGAGGAUGUAAGGUUUGAUCAGCUGGUACAUUUCCCACUUCACGACGAAA